UCCACGCCCGGAAGGACUGCAGCGCGGGAAGCUCUAGUCGGCAGAGUUCUCCUCGCAGGCCCCCGGACCCGCCCCGAGAUGUCGUACAUGCUCCCGCACCUGCACAACGGCUGGCAGGUGGACCAGGCCAUCCUGUCGGAGGAGGACCGCGUGGUGGUCAUACGCUUCGGGCACGACUGGGACCCCACCUGCAUGAAGAUGGACGAGGUGCUCUACAGCAUCGCCGAGAAGGUUAAAAAUUUCACAGUUAUCUAUCUUGUGGAUAUCACAGAAGUGCCUGACUUCAACAAGAUGUACGAGUUGUACGACCCGUGUACUGUCAUGUUUUUCUUCAGGGCAGCUUGUGCAAAGUCCAGGAGCAGCUUGGCAGCUUACACAGAGGCAACAAGCCUAGAAGGUACGGCAUAUAUUCAGGGGGGCAGUAAGUAAUCAAGUACCCCGAGAAAACGGACACAUAGGAGAUAGGAAAGACUUCAUUGCAGCAUGACUGGAAACAGUCAAAUGGAAAACAGAACUCAAAGGGUUACCACACAGCUAUCAGCGACUGAAGCAGAGCUACACACACCAGCGUAGACAACUGUCCCGAAACAGCGCCGCUAGGUAUGGCAGGCACCACGGCAUGACGGCAUCUACUUACAGUUUUCAGACAUUUGAAACACAGCUCUGCAACAUCGAAAUAACCAGAAACCGCGUAUGUUUGCAGAUGAUUGUUCUGUGUGGGUUCCUGGGGUAGACUGCCUCUUUCCUACUAUUGUGAGCAGAGAAGCAAGGCGUUGGGGUCACUGAUGGAGUCAAAACUACAACAACCCUAAAAACUGUCCCUGGAUUUUAACAAAAACUGGAGUUUGGUUCCUCGGGUGGCUCAGUUAAAACGUAGGAUACCGAGGCACCUUGGGGGGCUCAGUGGGCAAAGCAUCUGUCUUCG